AUGAGGCUCCAUGACCUGAUGGAGACUGUUUGGAUAGACUGGGGCAUUAGGAUUAGUAAAUAUAAGGCUCAAAGGGCAAGGAGAAGAGGGCAGGCUCUUAUUGUUGGUGAAUACAAGGAGCAAUAUGCAUUGCUUCCUAGAUAUGCAGCAGAGAUAAUGAGAAGCAACAGGGGAAAUACAGUGAAACUCAAGUUAAAUGGGACUGUAUUUGAUAGGAUUUACAUCUGUUUUAAGGCUCUGAGAAAAGGUCUUUUGGAUGGAUGUAGGCCUUUUAUCUCAUUAGAUGGUUGCUUUUUAAAGGGUCCUUAUGGGGGGCAAUUGUUGGUAGCAGUUGGUAGGGAUGGGAACAACCAAAUGUUCCCCUUAGCAUGGGCUGUGGUUGGUGUUGAGAGCACUGACACUUGGAGUUGGUUCCUAGAUCUACUUGCAGCUGAUUUGGGAACAAGAGAAGGGGUUGGAGGGGUUUUUAGUGGAAGCUUAGAGUAUAGGAAGCAAUUUUGGAUUAUUGCCAAGUCCACCACUGAGAAUGAUUUUCUUGACAAAUUACAAGUUCUAAGAGAGCUUUCAAAUGAUGCUGCUGAAGAUUUGUUGAAGAGGAAUUAUAAAAAAUGGUGUAGGGCUUUCGACACUCCUAUGGCUUCAUGUGACAGUGUUGACAACUACAUGUCUGAAGUUUUUAAUGCAUACAUACUUAAAUGGAGAAUCCAGCAGCAGCUUGAGAAACACAAAGUAUGGGCAAGGGGAUGGAAUGCAUAUUGGGAUGGUGGAUUUUGCUAUGGGGGGAAGGAUGGGGAAACUCAGACCGGAUAUGGUGUGAAUUUAGUGAGCAGAACAUGCUCUUGCAAUGCAUGGAAAAUUAGUGGCAUACCAUGCAAACAUGGUGUGGUGGCCAUUUGGAACAAAGUGGACCAACUAGAGCAGUAUGUGAAUGAUUACUUCAGGAAACAUACUUAUGCAAAGGCUUAUGAUCACCUACUUGAGCCUCUAAAUGGUCCACAGGAAUGGCCUACUGGUGAGUUCAGUGUCAGUGCUCCUGAGAUAAAAAAAAGGAAUGCACCAAGGGAAAGCCCCACUGGUGUACAGACCUCUAUUGCAGCCCCAACAGACCCUGGACCAGCUGUUCCAAUGCACAACAGAGGGGUAGGUGUAUACACCUACCCUAAUGGCUUUCAAAGACAAGCAACUCCACUACCUCAGACCAUGCCAAGACAGUCAAGAGGAGCUGCAUUUUACUCUGACAAUGCAAGAGAACAGACUGUGUACUCCGUCUCUCAAGAAUAUACCUUCACUCAAUCACAACCAGAGGCAGCAUCUCAAUCAUCACAAACAAUAUCAUCACAAGCAUUGCAAGACUUAGCUAAGGCAAAGCAAGUGCAGAUUAGAGACAAGAACAAAUGA